UUUCAUCUAAUUCACAUACUUAUAAUACUAAGUAUAUCUUUUUUUUUUUUGAUAAAAUUUGUGCAGAAUUUUUGUUCUAAUUUUGCACUCUUUUUAUAUUACAAUGCGACGUGUUAUAUAUGUAUAGAUAGAUAGAUAUAGUAAUGGCGGACUGUAUCUAUAUCCCAAUCGUACGGAUUCUGUUAUAUGCAGUUUUAAUCAACGGUAUUCUAUCAGGUUCUGGAUUUGAAAUUAAUGAUGAGAUAGUGAGAUUAUUUCAUCAGGAUUACUCGCCACCGGCGCCACCGCCACCGCCGCCGAGGCCGCCGUCGGCGACAUGUGAGGAUGAUUUAGGUGGUGUGGGGACUUUAGAUACUACGUGUGAGGUAGUUGAUAGUUUGAAUUUAACUGAAAGUUUGUAUAUAGCAGGGAAGGGGAAUUUUUAUAUCCUUCCGAAUGUUACGGUGAGUUGUUCGGGUUUUCCGGGAUGUGAGAUUGUGAUAAAUGUUACUGGUGAUUUUAGUUUAGGCGAAAACGGAGUGAUUUUAGCUGGGACGGUUGAGAUUGAGGCUGCGAAUGCGAGUUUUAGUAACGGGUCGCUUGUGAAUACUACUGGUUUAGCUGGUGAUCCGCCUGAGCAGACGAGUGGGACGCCUCAAGGGGUUGAGGGAGCUGGUGGUGGGUAUGGGGGAAGAGGUGCGGCAUGUUUAUUAAACGAUAAGAAGCUUCCGGAUGAUGUUUGGGGUGGUGAUGCGUAUUCGUGGUCGUCUUUGCAGAAGCCGUGGAGUUAUGGGAGUAAAGGCGGGACUACUAGUAAGGAUACGGAUUAUGGUGGCGGUGGUGGUGGCAGGAUCAAAGUAGUGGCUGUGGGUCUUAUUCAGAUGAAUGGUACAUUAUUGGCGGAAGGUGGGGGCGGCGGUACGAAGGGUGGUGGUGGUUCUGGUGGCAGCAUCUACCUCGCUGCUAACAAGAUGACGGGAAGUGGUAAUAUAAGUGCUUGUGGAGGUGAUGGUUUUGGUGGUGGUGGAGGAGGAAGAAUUUCUACUGAUGUGUUUAGCAGGCAUGAAGAACCAAAAAUCUUUGUUCAUGGUGGUAAUAGUAUAGGCUGUCCAUCAAAUGCGGGUGCUGCAGGCACCUUUUAUGAUGUUGUAACCCGGAGUCUUACAGUGGAUAACUUUAACAUGACAACUGACACAGAUACCCUUCUUAUGGAGGUUUCGUAUCAGCCCCUUAUGACAAAUAUAUUUAUUCAAAAUUUGGCUAAGGUUUCUGUUCCCUUGCUUUGGAGUCGUGUCCAGGUUCAAGGGCAAAUUAGUGUUCUUGGUGGAGGUAUAUUGAGCUUUGGAUUAGCACAUUAUGCUUUGUCUGAGUUCGAGAUACUGGCAGAAGAGCUACUGAUGAGUGAUUCUAUAAUCAAGGUUUAUGGUGCUCUGCGUAUGACUGUUAAAAUGUUCUUGAUGUGGAAUUCGCAAUUAUUUAUUGAUGUUGAGGGGGACAGGAAUGUUCAAAAUUCCUUUCUUGAGGGUAGCAAUCUUAUUGUUCUCAAGGAAUCUUCCACCAUUCACUCAAAUGCCAAUCUGGGGGUUCAUGGGCAGGGUUUAUUAAACUUGUCUGGCCCAGGUGACUGUAUCGAAGCACAACAUCUCGUUCUGUCCCUGUUCUAUGGUGUCAAUCUGGGCCCGGGAUCUGUCUUACGUGGUCCCUUGGAAAAUGUCACAGCUAAUGCCGUGAUACCGCAACUGAAUUGUAACUCUCAACAAUGUCCAGAAGAACUAUUGAAUCCUCCUGAUGACUGCAAUGUGAAUGCUUCAUUGUCCUUUACGCUUCAGAUAUGUCGUGUUGAAGACAUCCUAGUCCAAGGCCUUGUUAAAGGGUCUGUUGUGAAUUUUCACAGGGCAAGAACUGUUACUGUUGAUUCUACCGGGACAAUUAGUACCUCAAAGAUGGGUUGCAUAGGAGGUUUGGGCAAGGGGGAGGUCUUGAGUGCUGGUAUUGGGAGUGGCGGAGGUUAUGGUGGCCGUGGUGGGGAUGGUUGCUAUAAUGGGACCUGCAUUGAUGGCGGUCUUCCAUAUGGGGAUGCUGAGUUGCCAUGUUUUUUCGGCAGUGGAGGCGGAAGUGACAUUAUUACUGACUCAACUGCCGGUGGCGGUGUUCUAGUGAUUGGUUCAUUGGUACAUCCAUUGUCAAGUUUGUCUAUCGAUGGCUCAUUAGGAGCUGAUGGAGGAGGUUAUGUAGAAAACAUUGUCAGCAAACGUCAUGGAUUUGAGGAUUGGUCCCAGGGUUCUGGGGGCGGAUCCGGUGGAACGAUUCUUGUGUUCUCAAGUGCUUUAACUGUUGGUGAGUCUGGAAUCCUUUCGAGUGGUGGAGGUCAAGGCAGCCCAAAUGGGAGUGGCGGCGGUGGCGGCGGAAGGAUUCACUUUCAUUGGUCACACAUACCAACUGGGGAUGUAUAUCAACCCAUCGCUACUGUCAAAGGAAACAUCUCCACUCGGGGAGGGCUGAGUGGAAGUGAAGGUGGUGCUGGGGAAACUGGAACGAUCACUGGAAAUUCUUGUCCAAAAGGGCUUUAUGGCACAUUUUGUGAGGAAUGCCCUGUCGGUACAUACAAAAAUGUUACUGGAUCUGAUAAGGAACUAUGUUUUGAGUGUCCAUCUAGUGAGCUUCCCCGUCGCGCAUACUAUAUCUAUGUACGAGGGGGUACCGCUGAAACUCCAUGUCCCUACAAAUGUAUUUCAGACAAAUAUCAUAUGCCACAUUGCUACACUGCACUUGAAGAGUUGAUGGACACAUUUGGUGGUCCUUGGUUAUUUGGUCUUCUUUUAUUGGGUCUUCUUAUCCUGUUAGCACUCGUGCUUAGUGUUGCAAGGAUGAAAUUUGUAGGAUUUGAUGAGCCAACUGGGUCUGCUCCAACACAAGGCUCUCAAAUAGAUCACUCAUUUCCUUUCCUCGAGUCACUGAAUGAGGUUUUGGAAACAAAUAGAGUCGAGGAGUCUCAAGGUCAUGUGCAUAGGAUGUACUUUAUGGGACAAAAUACUUUCCGGGAACCUUGGCACCUUCUUCACACGCCUCCAGAGCAAGUGAUAGAUAUAGUGUAUGAAGGCGCUUUUAAUAGAUUCGUGGAAGAAAUCAAUGCCCUGGCCACUUAUCAGUGGUGGGAGGGAGCGAUUUAUAGCAUUCUUCUUUUUCUUGCUUAUCCACUUGCAUGGUCAUGGCAACAAUGGAGACAAAAGUUGAAGUUGCAACGACUACGUGAGUUUGUGAAAUCUGAGUAUGACCAUGCUUGCUUGCGUUCAUGUCGAUCACGUGCGCUCUAUGAAGGGCUAAAGGUAGCUGCAACAUCUGAUUUAAUGUUGGCGUAUGUGGACUUUUUUCUUGGUGGUGAUGAAAAGAGAAGUGAUCUUCCUCCUCGUCUGCAUCAAAGAUUUCCAUUGUCUCUUUUGUUUGGAGGAGACGGAAGUUACAUGGCUCCUUUCACACUUCACAGUGACAGUGUUGUUACAAGUCUCAUGAAUCAGUCUGUUCCUCCUACUACAUGGUAUCGAUUUGUAGCUGGUUUAAAUGCACAAUUGCGGUUGGUUCGCAGAGGUCGAAUUAGGGCAAUGUUUCGUACCGUUAUCACGUGGAUUGAGACUCACGCUAAUCCGACUUUGAAAAAUUAUGGUGUACGGGUUGACCUUGCGUUUUUUCAAGCUUCCAGUGGUGACAGUUGCCAAUAUGGACUUUUGGUAUCUUCUGUACGGAUCGCUGGAGCUCCUACAAGAGAACAAUUGUCUAGUCAUAAUGUUAACUUUUUUCAACAAGAUCCAACUAAUGGUUCAGAAGAACAAAAGGUUUCAAUGCACGGGAAUGCCAAUGAUCAUAUGACACAAAAGAAGAGUUACGGUAGGGUAUUAGAUAUCGACAGUUUGAAAUUGCUCAAGGAAAACAGGGAAUUAUUGUUUCCCCUCUCGUUUAUAAUCCAUAAUACCAAACCAGUGGGACACAAGGAUCUUGUCGGUUUGGUGAUCUCAAUGCUACUAUUAGGAGAUUUUAGUCUUGUGUUGCUUACAUUGCUUCAGCUAUAUUCAUUCUCUUUAGCACAUGUGUUCUUGGUUUUAUUUAUAUUGCCUCUCGGAAUAUUGCUUCCUUUUCCUGCUGGUAUCAAUGCUCUAUUUAGUCAAGGACCCAGACGAUCGGCUGGGUUGGCUCGUAUAUACGCUCUGUGGAUCAUAACGUCAUUAGUUAAUGUGGUGGUUGCUUUUAUUUGUGGUUACGCUCAUUACUCCACUCAGCCCAGUAAAAUACCUUCAGACGUCCAACCAUGGACCAUGGAGGAAAGUGAGUGGUGGAUCUUUCCUGCUGCGCUAGUUCUUUGUAAAUGCAUCCAAUCGUACUUGGUAAAUUGGCACGUUGCAAAUUUGGAAAUUCAAGAUCGAUCAUUAUAUAGUAAAGAUACUGCAACUUUUUGGCAAUCAUCAUAGUUGUAGGUAUACAAAUGAGUAUUUUUGAUCAUUUCUAAUAUUGAAGUAUGCUUCUAUUUUUUUGUGGGUAUUCAUCGUAGCUUAGGCUAGUCAAAGGCAAUAGAUAAAUGAAAAGAUAGGUUGCAACUUAGGUAGAGUGGAAGAAUACCUAGGUUUGUCCUCUGUUGUAUAUAAAUAAAAUCCUGCUAAUUUGAUAUGCCAUUUUACAUGGUAUUAUUUGAGAAAUGCAAGUAUUAACACAAUUCGUGUUUUUACUUGUUUGACGGA